AAAAAAAAAAAAAAAUCUGAAGCAAAAUUCCCAUGUGUUGCCAAAACAAAGUGAUGAAAGAAGUAUCACUUAGAUGAGAAUCGGAUUCCAUCUGAAAACACAUCAACCAUGUAUAUUGUAUAUGGACCAGAAUCUUCUUUUCCACUAUCUCAUUUCACAUUCAUCCCUCCUAAUAUAUCCCAAGCUUCAUGAAUAAGUCCAAUCCAUAUCUUACUAGCUAGGAAUAUAAUCCUCAACUUCUGCAAGAUUCUCCAAACUCACCUUUUAACCCCUAGUAAUUAAACAACAUUAGCUAGUCCCUUCAUAUCCCAACUAUAUCUGUGCCUAGACUGUUCCUGAAGAAGGUUUCUCUUUCUCUUAUGGCUUUCAACAGAGUUGUCUACGUCGGUGGCAGGGCUUAUUCUAAGGAGAGGCUAGUGGCCAUAGGCUUGUCCCUUCUUGCUGUUCUGUCACCUUUGUACAUCGAUCGGAAGCCAUCGGUUGAGUGUUCUGAAUGUGAAUGUGAAGGCGAGUCGUCCAUUCACCUUGCUGCUUGGCUGCCUGUGUUGCUUCUAGUUCUGGUCCUCAUCUUUGCCAUCAGCUUGUCUUGUUACUUGGACCAGAGCUUUGCGAGGUUGGAUCCUUACUGGAUACACAGAGUUGGUGGCUCUUCGUGUGGGAUUCUGGCGCUUCUCAUGGUGCUCUUAUUGGUUUUGAAGUGCAAAGCUUCUGUGCUCAACUAGGAGGAAUGAUAGAGGCAGGUCGAACAUACUUGAACCGUUGAACGACAUGGCGAGGGUCUGAGGGAGGAUCAUGGCCACUGUAAGACAUCAGUUCUUUUUUGCUUUUCCAGUCUUCACCACCGUGGUUCUGUAAAAUAUGCAUCGUUGCAUCUUAGUGGCUGUGAUUCUGUGAAGAAAAGGAAACAAAACUUAAUUAAAGCAUUACAGUUGCUCCCUCUGUAGAAAAUGUAUCAGCAGCA